AUGGAGGAGGAAGCCCCAGUACCCGAUGCCCAAGACUUUCAUGCCCCAGAAGAGGCCCCUGUAGAGGGUGGUGUGUCGGCCGGAGGAGUUCCACCAUCCAGAGACAGCCGUAAACUGGACUGCAUCAUCUGCUUCUGUGCCUUCAACCUGGCUGAGAGGCUGCCACGCAAGCUCUACUGCGGCCAUACCUUCUGCCAGGCCUGCCUGAGACGCCUUGACACCAUCCUCAAUGAGCAGAUGUGGAUCCCCUGUCCACAAUGCCGGCAGAACACCCCGCUACCUCGCGGGGGAGCUACAGCCCUGGACCUGGACCUAGCAGCCUUCCUGGGGGUCAAGGCUGACAUGGACAGCCAGAGGUCCAGCACCCAGCAGGGAGGAAGAGAACUAGGCAACCAGUUGGAGCAAAAGCCCUCCUUUGGGAAGCAGCCCAUCAUAGAGCAGCCUCAGGCCACCUGGAACCAUGGAGGACUGGCUGAGCCUCGCUUCCACCGGAGCCCUUGCUGCAGGCGCUUCUUCUGCUGCUGGUGGUGCUGCUAGGAUGCCCAGUCAUGUAUGAAUGACAAGAGUUUUUAAAGCAUCUGGGCAGCAGUUUUCCCCAGUACAGUGCCUGCUGUAACUGAUUAUAGGGAUGCCUAGGCUUCCAAGGCUACACAAUGGAUAAUAUAGGUUAGAACUAGGGCCUGACUGCGUGAUCUGACCAAGGAAAAAUGUACUACAGAAAAAAAAAAAAAACUACUGGGAAGAACAGUGUUCACGAGACUGACAAAGUUGUGUGGGGGACAAUUUUUUUUCCCCACAUCGUGGGAGAAAGAACAUUUCAGCACUCAAAAUGGGACAUUGGAUAAAGACCUCAGUGACCUCACCUACAACUGAGACUCCUCUACUGCCUCCUUUCAACUAUGCAGUUGGACAUAUAGGCUAUUGGUACCUUGAUUGUUGAAAGUCUAUUUUAUACACACUUCGUUGAGUUAUAGUAUAAUUUAUCACUGUGAGCAUGUACAGGUAACUGCCAAAAUAAAGGAAACAAACAUUAAAUGUCUUAAUAGGGCGUUUGACCACCAUGAGCCAGAACAGCUUCAAUGCACUUGGGCAUAGAUUUUACCAGUGUAUGGAACUCCAUUGGAGGAGACACCAUUCUUCCACGAGAAAUUCCAUCAUUUGGUGUUUUGUUUAUGUUGAUGGAAAACACCGUCUCAGGUGCCGCUCUAGAAUCUCCUAUAAGUGUUCAGUUGGGUUGAGAUGUGGUGACUGAUUCUCACCAAACCAUUCAG